CACUUGCACAGUAGGACCGCUUGGUGUAUUGCACCUCGCAACAUACCUGGCUCUUGGAUUUACAAAGAGCCAGACACGGUGAUAAUAGGGUUCUUCGUCAUCGUAAAACUAUUAUUGCCGACUCGGACGCAGCAAUGUAAUUUAUGGGUGGAGUUGCAUGGUAUUUCACCCAUAUUGCGCACUACUGGAGAAGAGGAAUGGGUAAUCAAGUUGAAAAAUUGACUCAUUUAAGUUACGCGGAAGUUCCAACUGCGGAUCCGAACGGCUUGGAUACCGAGGACGACGGUCCACGAAUCGGAGUCUCAUAUAUUUUCUCUUCCGACGAUGGCGAGUUGGAGGAUAACGGAGGUAUAGACAAGGACCAGGAAGAGAAGCAUUAUGACAAGCGCAACGAGCUGGAAUGUGCAGUGUUCAGACGAGACGAAUGUAUUUACGAGAGAAGCUCAAAAACGGUUGAUAUGGGUACAUACUCUCCUGAGAAUUUGUUGAAUAAGUGCAAACCAGGUGAUUUGGUGGAGUUCGUGGCAACAGGCCAAUACCCCCACUGGGUUGUUUACGUGGGGGACUUCCAGGUCGUUCAUUUGCAUCGAGCAGAGAUAAAGAACACUUUCUUAACCGAUGCCAGUCGGGGCAGAAGAGGUAGGAUUGUGAGUGAUCUUUAUAAAUUAAAAUCACUAAGUCCUGAGGUUGUUGUACAAAACGCAAUGGAACAGGUCGGACUGAAGGAUAGAGAGCUGAGUUGGAGGAACUCUGAAUGUUUUGCUGCUUGGUGCAAAUUUGGUAAGCGCGAGUUUAAAAUCGGUGGCGAAAUACGGAUCGGAAAGCAGCCUUACAGGCUUAAAAUUCAACUGUCUGAGAAAAAGGCCCAUAUCCUGGAAUUUCAGAGUUUGGAAGACUUGAUCAUGGAGAAAAGAAGAAACGACCAGACUGGCAGGGCUGUCGUUAUCCAGGAGCUUGCAAACCAUAUGAAUUGCAUCGCGGAAACCAGGAGUUAGCAUAUUACCAAUUGAUGGCAAUCAUUGCUCAAAUCAAAGUGUUGGUGGGUCCCUUGGAUACCAGAUCAUUCUUCGGAGGCAGGACAAUAUCUAUAUCGACAAAUAAUUAGACAUUUGCUUAAACGGUGCAUUAAGCUUCAUACACAAUAAUGAUAUAUGCAGCGGGACACAAAAAGGGUACUGGCUGAUUUUGACAUGAAAUGUAUGUGUCAGUAACACCAUAUGACAUAAUUACAUAAGCAGAUGUGAAACAUUAUGAAAUCUAUCAAAGAUGUUAGUUUUGAUGUUUUUUUUCCAAAGGUGCCAUUUUUGGUACUUGGGGUAAUUCAUUACCAAAGCCUGCCCUUGAAAUUACUGCAGGUAUAAAUGUUUAUCAUAUGACAUUUGACAUACAGACUUCAAAAUGCAACUUUCUAACAUAUGAGCAUAUCAACUAAUAAAUAAUUUGAUUUUUGUACCACAUUUAUUUGUACAGUAUCCGUCAGAACUUACAUUAAACACUGAGCAAGCCUACAUGUGGCACUUUAUGAUCAUGCAUUCUCUACCACAAAUUCCUGACAGGUAAACAAAAUAAAUUGAGUUAAAUGA